AGCAUUGGUACAUCGAUGGGUAUACAAUGUACAUAACACGCCCAAGAAAUUCUAACAGACCCCGUCCCUUUCCUGAUCCAUGCUUCAUAAAUCCCCAUUUACUGUCCCACCUCCUCCUCCCGACGUCAACAUCCACCAUGUCUUCUUCAAUCGUCCAGAACAGGUAGAUUGGCCCGACUUUACCUAUUACAUUGAUGCUGCUACAGACAAGAGGCAAACCUACAAGGGAUUUGUGGCGAAAGUAAAGGCUAGUAUCUCUGCGUUGGGUAUGCCGAUCUUGGAAGGAGGUUUAGGUUUUGAAGUCGGGGACAUCAUUGGCAUCAUGAGCGAGAAUUCGAUGGACUACCCCGUCGUCGUCCACGCUCUACUGGCAUUAGCUAUUCCGUUUUCGUUGAUCCCGGCAUACUCGACGCACUUUGAGCUCUUGCAUGCCUUCCGCCUCUCGAAGAUCACGCGACUAUUUGUUCAGCCCGAAUACCUGCGGGCUGCGCUCGCGGUUGCGAAGGACGUCAAUCUUCCUGCGGAGAGGAUUUAUAUCAUUGGACGAAAUGUCAAGAAGUACCAAGGUCUUGAUAAUAUGGUGGAGCGUGUCCAGAAAGCCAAUAUCCCGAUACUUUCUCCACGUCCUGCCACGACGGAUACACUCGCGUAUCUCGUCUUCUCUAGCGGCACUAGUGGACCACCGAAGGCUGUCAUGAUCACACACGGGAAUCUAAUAUACUCAGUAUCACAGCUGAUCAUUGUUGCCCAGGAAAGAAUGAAAGUUGAGCAGCCUCCGACGCCCUCUACUCCUGAGGGUAUCCCCAUCAGCCUGGGCUUCUUACCUUUCCAUCAUAGCUAUGGUCUUCACGCUUUCUGCUUCAGAAACAUUUUGGCUCCCUCUACGGUUGUCAUACUCUCCAAAUGGAACCUUGAGGUGGCUUUGAAGGUCGUACCAAAGUAUCGCAUCACGACUCUCAAUUUGAUACCUUCAGUUGUUCAUCAACUCGUAAACCACCCCAAAUUUCCCAAGACCAAUUUGAGUUCAGUGACCACUGUUGGUUGCGGGGCGGCUCAUCUUGUUCCAGAACUCGCUAGUCAAUUUUCCUCCUUCGUUAACAAUGUACCCUUGGGUGAAGGUUACGGAUUAUCGGAAUGCACAAUCGCCGCUCUAAUCCAACCAUUCCCUGGUCUUUUCGAGGGGAAAGCGAAGCGCUAUCCCGGAUGCGCGGGUAUAUUGCUUCCUGGUAUGGAAGCACGGAUAGUGCGAGAAGAUGGUUCUGAUGCUAAUACAAACGAGGUUGGUGAACUGUACUUGAAGGGGUUCAAUGUCUGUAAAGGCUACUGGAACAAUGAGAAAGCCAACCAAGAAGCUUUCGUCAAUGGAUGGCUAAGGACGGGAGAUAUGUUUAGGGCUGAUGCUGAGGGCAACUUUUUCUUCGCUGAUAGGGCAAAGGACACUCUCAAAGUAUCAGGAACACAGGUUUCCCCUGUCGAGAUAGAGGAGGUCCUGCUUACUCAACCUGAUAAAUUGAUUGAAGAUGUUACCGUUGCUGGAGUUCAAGGACAUGGACGGACCUCCGACGAGAAAGUUCCGAGGGCCUGGAUUGUUCUGAGUAAGGUUGGCAAGGCGAAGGGUGCACCCACUGUCAUCAAAGCACUAGAAGAGUGGCACCACCAGAAUUUGAGUAAAUACAAAUGGUUACGUGGAGGAUUUGAGGUCGUAGAGGAGAUUCCCAAAUCACCGACGGGGAAAGUUUUGCGUCGUGUCCUGGUUGAUCUUUAUGACCAACGGUUGAAGAAAAUGAAAGGGAAGCUCUAAAUUGACCUCCAUCCAGCUUUCAAUUUUUGGUUGCUUCGGGAUUCUGUACCUCGGCACAAACUAGCUUGAUUGCCAUGAUCUUGUACUUAGGCUUUGUAUAUUCACCGGCGAUUUGGGGAAGGGAGGCUAGAAUCGCUGACA